GGAAAAGAUGCUCUUUCAUGUGUGACGUGGUUUGCGGAUAUUGAAAAUUUGAAGGAACCAAUCCUGUUCACCAAAGGCACAGCACCUUUCUUACUUUAUUCAAAUGGGAAACGACGGAGGCUCCAUUCCAAAACGUAUCGAACUUGUCAAGGAGAAGAAGAAGGCGGCUGUUCAGAACCCUGACAUUGAAAGACGAGCUGUUUGGUUCUUUUGUGCAUUGUCAAAGAACCCUCUUACAGCACCCAUAGCGGCAUGUAGAUUAGGUAAACUGUACAAUCAGGACUCUAUCCUAGAAUACCUGCUCGACAAGACGGCAUAUGGCGAUGGAGACAAGAUAUGUGCUCAUGUCACUUCCAUGAAAGAUAUAACCAAACUCAACUUGACGGAAAACCCAUCGUUCGACGAAAGCCGGGACAGCAAUGAAAGAAGCACAGUGGGAAGCUUAGAGCAGGAGUCUACCAGUCGGUACAUUUGUCCCGUAUCGAUGAAGGAAAUGAAUGGCAAGCACCGAUUUGUGUAUUUGGAGACCUGUGGCUGCGUCUUUUCUGAGCAGGCUCUCAAGGAAGUCCCAGGAUCCGACUGUCUAACCGUAAGUAAUGGUGGUAUGCGUGACAAGGGCUGUAGAUGAGCGAUUUACUAACCUAUGGGUAUGCGCUUUCUGAUUAGUGCGGAACGACUUAUACCGCAGAAAAUGUCAUCACGAUUAAUCCUACAGAUAAAAAGGAGAUCGAGGCAAUGAAGCUUGCUAUGGAGGAAAAGAAGGCUCAAGCCAAGGCGGAACGAAAGGCCAAGAAGGCAGAAAAGAAAGCCAAUGGUGUAGAGAACGGUUCAACUAAGCGCAAAGCGAAGGACACUACCAUUGAAUUACCACCGGCAAAAAAGAUCAACUUGGCACCCUCUUCAGCAACGGCAGCAGUAGUCAACAAA